CGGAACCGAGCGAUGUGAGUUCCCCGCCUAACCACACAGCGGAAUCGCAUCCUUCAGAGAUCCUCGACCUCCGGCUCUGUGCAACGCCGCCGGAGUCCCUAUGCCGUUAGUCGAUUUCUAAAGUGAUCUCGUAUCGUGCCACAUGGAUGCCGCGUAACGCCAUCGUCGUCGAGGGUAAUAUGAAUUCAAAGGGAAACGAUGGGAGCAAUCAGGACAAAGCGGAGGUCAGGGUGGAUGUCGGUCUGAAGAAUGACAAUCAAUCAUCUGUGGACCAAGACACUAUGACGUCCAAGGUGCCGCUGGAGAACGGGGCGGACGGACAGCUGAGGCUGAAUAACAACAGUGAUGAACAUCAAGGUAGCAUCAAGCUCGUGCUGCCAGUCAAAACCUCUGUCGUGCUCUCCAAUGGAACGAAAUCUGUACAAACCUCCAUGUCCGAUUGUGCCAAUUCCUUGGAGCAAAAUGUUUCUCAAGACAUGAACAUAUCUUCCAUGUUUACAAACACAACCGCCAAUAUCAAACCUCAGACUGUAAACACCAAUGCUGUUAAUUGUCAAUUGAAGCAUAAGACUGUUGUGAAUGCGAGCUCGUUGAAUUUGCCUAAGUCUCAAAUGCACUUGAAUUUAUCUUCCACUCAAACGGGUCUACAUCUCAAUCAUAACUUAGCACCAGCCGUUCUUAAUUCUACCACUGCUAGCAGUGCUACAUUGCAUUUGAGUGUAUCUACAUUGAAUGUAUCAUCAACACCUUCUAAUUUAUCAACAGUUAAAUCAAACGACGAUGCGGAUAUGAAAAACAAUGUGGAUUAUGCAUCUGUCAUAGAGAAAUGCCCUUCUAAGGUUUCUUGCAGUUCAGAUUCUAGUCCAGAGGCUGAUUCUUCCUGGACAUCAAAGUCCUAUGGAUCUAAACGUAUACUAAAUAACAUAGGUGGUAGUAUAGGUUCGACAAGUCAAGGGACUUGUUGUUUUCUAAGACCUAAUAUCAAUGGCAGCAGAGAAAUUGCUGGACCCAGUGGACUGCAGAGAGCUUUGCAGAGAGAACAGGUAGAAAGGAUGGAUUCUAGUUCUGGAAAUGAAGGAGAUAUGUCUGAUGGAGAAGACUAUUGCAUCUAUACUUAUAAGGGAAAUGAUGAUGUGAUUCAUUUAGAUCAGCAAGAAGAAUUACAUCAAGAUCAUGCAGAAAAUCAGGAAGCAGAGGGACAGAACCAUAGUGGUAGGUCGAGUCCAGAGAUGGAUUUUCUGGAAAUGGAUUUUGAUCCCGGGCCUUCCUGUGAACUGGAUACUGGAGAUAGUGAUUUGGCCUCCAUAAAUGAAGAUAUACAAAAUAUAGCAUUAGAUAAUAUAGAACAAGAUCCGGUGCUUAAUGAUCUGAGUAGUGGAAAAGUUGUAUCUAAGCAGGGGUUGACAACAAUACCGCAGACUUCAAAACAAACUAUUAAUCAGAAUGUUAAUUAUACAGCUUUCCAACAAUGCACAAGUAAUCAAUGCACAAUAGAACAAAAUGCGAAGUCAACGUAUUCAGCUCCAUGGAUGCCCAGUACUAGCGCUGGAACCGGAAGAUGGGACAGCGCAACGCUCUACCGUAAUACAGGUUGUCCAGUACGCGAAUCUUACGGUUAUCAUAACACAAGUGGUGAUCUUAUUUCGCCUGGUGAUAAUAGAGAUUCGGAUUCUGAGCUGUGGAUUGAACCGUCGGCAGCGUCUGUUUCGGAUAAUUCCAAUUUGAAUGCCAGGAAGGUUAAUCUCAUUUCUACGCUUUAUCAUCGAAUAAUGGCUAAGAAACUAAUGCUCAAUAAGCAUGCUGCGUUUAAUCAAAGUGGUGAUUCCAAUCUGGAAAAUGAAUUGUGUAACGAGCGGUUAGAUGGAUUACCACCGAUUGAAAAAGUAAUGCUAUGGAGUGAACAAGAAGCCACAAUGAAGCAAGUUACCCAAAUUGGUACUUCCGCCUGUGGUGCUACAUCUGCAAUUAAUGCUUUGCUGGCCUUAAAUAUAUCAUUUUCUUUGGAAGUAUUAAUAAAAGGUGUAAAUACGAGAUUGAGAGAACUAAACGUACCAUUACCGAAAUAUCUUGUCAGUCGAUCGGUAGCAGGAGCAACUCAUAAAGAUAUAGCACGAGGGAUAUCUCUGUCGACAAAUGGUGCAGCUAUAACAAAGUUUUUUGCAUUUUAUCCAGAAAGAAAAGUGUCAUUAUCUCAUUGGUUACAUUAUUGGAUCUCCAGAGGUGCUGCACCAAUCGCGACGUUGAACUUGCAGCAUUGUGGCGAAGGUUGUGGUAUACCAGAUGCAUGGCAUCAUCAAAUGAUAUUCGGUGUUGGACAAGCCGGUAUAUACUUAACAAAUCCGUUAGAAUGUUUGCCUGAACAGCUCGUAUGGCAUCAGUUAGUUAGUCCCAGUAUUCUGUUAAUACGAAGGUCAGAUGUUUUAGCGCAUUGGAAUGCAAGUAUGGAUCUAACGCCGCUCGCGACAAUGGAUCAAAAGUGGCGAAAACUUAAUGUUCUUGGGCAAGUUGUAAAUAUGAUACGAGAAUCAGUGCGCCCUAGGCCACCUAAUAGGCCGCCUACUGCAGCGACUCACAUUCGCAUUCCGGCAUCUUACCAGGCAGGCAUUACAUUGGUUAUGUGUGCCGAUUCCGCCGCAGCCACUGAAUUGUUACACGCAGAACAACUACCGCUACUCUAGUCUUACCGAUCAAAAAUUAAAAAAUCGGACUGGCCCUUACUUGAUUUACAAUAAAUUUUAUUAAUUGGCCAAUCCACAAAAUGUUCUUAUUCAUAGUUUGUUUACUAUGUAAAUCAACAGGAUGGAAAUAAUUUACAUUUUUUGACACAGAUCGCGUUUGUAUUCAAAGAGAAUAUUAUUGAUUAAAAUAUAUUUCAAUAGAAUAUUUCUGUUUUAUACACAGUCAUAUUCAUUGAUUAUCAAACUUGACUAUGAAAAGCAUAUUUUUUAUAUAUGCACGUUGUUAAAAACAAGCUUAUAUAAUACGUUCGUUACAAAUAUUUCUAUAAGGAAAAUAUUCGCGAAAUAAUAUAUAAAUAAUUUGAUUUUCUAUUGCUUUUUUUCUUAUUCGUCAUAUUUUUCUCAAAGAAUGUCAGCGUGCAUAUUAAUGACUGCUAAUUUACUUUACAAUAGUAUGUAACGGUAUCGUUAAUCAAAUGUGUGAACGAACACAAAGAAACACUAUAUUUCGUAUAAAUCUUAAUACAGAGUAUCUUAUUACAUUCGUUAUCUUCUUGUCGGAAUCACGUAUCAUUUGUCAUAGAUAUGUUGAUGAAAGAAUAAUCCUGUGCAGAUACAUAAAGCCAUAAAUAUAU